GGAAGGAAACGGCAGACCACUCAGGAAUCAACAAAGUGCAUUCCACCGAAGGCGACAGCAAACGAGAAGCAAGCAGUUGUUUGGGAAUAAAAAAAAUUGGCCGCUCCUUGAGCAGCAAUUUCAUCGGAAAACUCAUCGUAACAAAAGAAGAAGCAGUACUCUGCGGUCUCAUACCCGCUGUUUAACUUCUUGUAACAAGUUGAUAAGGCGAACGAUGGCCAAAAAAACCUACGACUUGCUGUUCAAACUGUUGCUAAUCGGUGACUCAGGUGUCGGAAAGACUUGCAUACUGUUCCGUUUUUCGGACGAUGCGUUUACAUCGACCUUCAUCUCAACUAUUGGAAUCGAUUUUAAAAUUAAAACUAUCGAACUGCGCGGUAAGAAGAUUAAGUUGCAAAUCUGGGAUACAGCCGGCCAGGAACGGUUUCACACAAUUACAACCUCGUACUAUCGGGGUGCAAUGGGCAUAAUGCUGGUGUACGAUAUCACCAACGAGAAGAGCUUCGACAACAUAGUCAAAUGGCUAAGGAAUAUAGACGAGCAUGCCAACGAAGACGUGGAAAAAAUGAUUCUGGGCAAUAAAUGUGACAUGACAGAUAAACGUGUCGUCAGUAAAGAACGGGGAGAGAGCAUCGCCCGCGAGCACGACAUUCGUUUCAUGGAAACUUCGGCCAAAGCGAAUGUCAACAUUGACAAAGCGUUCCGCGAGCUAGCAGAGGCAAUCCUGGAUAAAACUUCCGGCAAGGAGACGACCGACAAUCCGGACCGGGUGGUGGUAAACCGUGGCACCGGCGAGAAACCUCCGGCGUACAAGGCAUGCUGUGCGUAGGCGACAGUGGAAUGCCUCUCCCUUUUAUCGCCGUUAUUUUUUCCCGUCUUUCCCCCGCACGUUCCAGAGCAUCGUUUUCUAUGCUGUGUAUGUAUGCGUGCAGUAAAUAUUAGUUUUUAAUUGCUAUUCGUGACACUUUACUAAUAUCGCAAUCAAGCCGGUCACCAUAGACUUACAAGCAUUAGCUUAAUAAUGGGUAGUUUAAGAAACAUUAGCUUUUCAUUUAUAUCCGAUGGAAUUCGGUCGGAAUAUUACGAACGUCUGAUGAAUUAGAAUAGAAAUUAAACAACUUUUGCUGGUUUAUUCAUCAGUACUUAGGAAAAGCGAAUUCUAUUCUAACCUGAGGUCAUUAGUUACAAUUACCUAAAAAUCAUACAAGAAACAAGGAUAGAAUAGCUCUAUCGCAGCCUUGCUUCAAUUUAAAUUUAUCUUAAAUUAUUAAACUACUAGUAAGUUCAAGUUUAUCAUUGAUUUUUUUUAAUUCGAACAUCUUCGUGCAAUUGAAAUAAUGUCCAAAUUUAAUAAUUGAUUUAAAUGAUCAAACACUAAAGAAUAUAAUAACCAGCUGAUUUUUUUAAAGGAAAAAUGCUUUAUAAGAGCUGAUCUAAUGGUAGAACAAACGUUUUUUGUGUCAGUAUGACCCACGACAAACUGCAAUAAUACUUAACAUAGUGUCACGAAUUAAGUAACAAUCACAACUCAGUACAAUGGUAGUAAUUGUCAUACUUAAAAAAUAAAAUAUACAAAUUUUAAUAGAAGAUGAAACGCUUUUUGUGGUUGUUCGUCAGUGCGAAAACAACGACGUUUAUUUCGCUAAAUUCAAAAGUAUUUCAACUUCUUCAUGCCUACCACUAAUCAUGACCGUAAAUAAUUCUUAUCAGCCAAUUAUAUGUUGAAUCACUAGUUAAGCUGUACGUAUACAUACACAUACAUAACCCUACAUUUCACAUUGAUGCUAGAGAGUUUAGUGGACGGAACCAAAAAUGUUUAUUUCGAAGAUUAUUGUUUAAUCAAUGUGAAUCGGUUGACGCGGCACGUCAGAAGCUUUGAAUGGAGCACUCAUCAUAUAGUAAAUCAUCGUCGUCGUCGUUACAAAUGCAGUGUACGAAGCAUUUUUUUAUUUAUCUAUUCUAUCAAACGAAGAACAACACCUCAAGCACACAAAAAACAUAAAUAUAAAGGGAACCAGACGUGAGCCGAAAUAGCACAGAACACACAGAGAUUUCCGAUGGGAUUAAAACUAAAAAUAUAAUAUACAUCUACGUCAGCAAAUUUCACACCCAUCAACAUUUAUUCACAAUGUUCAUAUUUCUCGCAUGAGGAUGCAAAAAUCAUCUAAAAUGAAUCAAUGCUAUCGAUAGAACGCAUCGUAUCUAGGAUCUAUCUAGCAGACAAAGCGAAGCGUUUACAGAAAGCAUGAAAACUGUGUGUAGCGAGUUGUAGCGAAGAUGAGAUGAAAUGCAUGAACAUCAUCUUUUAGAAUUUGUAGAUGUUUAGUCAAAGCAAAGUACGAAAAAAUCAAUUGGAGCAAACACAUUAAGAAGAAAUGAUUAAAUACCGAUUAUAUAUCAAAUUACGCCCGCGCGCGUGGGCAAUCUAAUGCGUCUAAGAGGAAAAAGUUCAAUUUUUAUUUUUUUAUAUAUAUAUCUAUGUAUGUAUGUAUAUGAUAAAUAGCUUUCUUUUUUGGAACGCCGCUAGUUAUGUUUAUUCUACUUGUAGUGACAAUGGUAUGCUUUUUUUAUCGAUAACACUAGACUGGUUCAAGAACAAGAAAGAGCAGAGCCGUUGGUGCCCUCUACAAAACAGUCGGUUAGAACAUUUUGGCCGAAGGAAUGGGACAAAUUUUCAAAGAAACUAUCAAUAGUAUGAUACGGAGCAAAGUCUUACGAAAAAAUUAGAUUCAAAAUUAGACACCGCCGACAACUGUUUGCAUUUUCGUGGAAAUAGUUGAAAACUCAAAGGGCAGAAGGAAAAGUCAAAAUUGUUGAAA